CUGGUUUGAGACAGGGUGCAGUGAUCACGUGUACACCGUUGCUCUUUGGAUUACGAAAAUCUAAAAUCUGGGAGUUUGUGUUAUUUUGUAAUAAUGGAUUGAAGACCGGCAGCCUUAGUUCCCGCCUAGCCAAGAUAGAUUGUCUAUUUGAUAGAAAUCGGUGGCGAAAAGCAUCUAAAAUAUACCUCACAACCCACCUUAAGUUCUGUCUGGGUCCUUUGGGUCCAAAAUGAUGGAGCGGAACACUGCUAACGACAGUAAUAGUAGUAAUAAUAAUAAUAACAAUAGUAGUAACAGCAGCAGCAGUACGAGCGGUGGCGGACAAAACACAUCCAACGGCCUGGAAGAUGGGCGUUGUGCCUGCGGGCGUGCGCUGGAGAUGGUGGGUGUGCAAGUGACGCCCACCACGGGCGGCCAGUUUGAGCUGCGGGUGGCCGCCACGGACUCGGUUGAAUUCCUCCGCAGGCUGGUUUCCAAAAGGCUCAGAGUCCCCAAAGAGAGGAUCUGCCUCCUCUACAAGGACAGACACCUAAGAGAUGGGACUUUAGUGGAAAACUGCAUCAUGGAUGGCUCAAGAAUCACCCUCCUACCGUCCGUCGAAACAGGAUUACUGACACAGCGUCCUGAGCAGAGUGUUAUGCAAGCUUUAGAGAGUCUUAAUGAUGGCCAGGUCAAUGAUUUUUUGACUGGGAAAGCGCCACUCAAUCUAACCAUGCGUCUUGGAGACCACAUGAUGCUUAUCCAACUUCAGCUGUCCACUGUUUCUCCUAGUGGUUCUAGAAAAAGCCGUCUGCAGCCCUCCCAUAACCAUAGCCACAAUCACAGUCAUUCUCAUAGUCAUACUCAUUCUCAUAGCCACACCCAUUCCCAUUCUAGCACCCAUUCUCAUUCUGGAGCUCAUGACCAUGUUGGAGGCUCUUCCUCCCCUUCAUCCACCCAUACCCAUCCAUUAACCCCACCAUAUGCCCCUCAUACGUCUAGCACCUCAUGUUCCAAGUAUUCUCACGGUUACACGCAACAGGGGUCUUCCAAUGAUGGCUUACCAGUGUCCUCGUCAUCUGUGUCUUCAUCCUCAGAUGCUUUGGUAACGCCUCCAGUUUCAGCCUCUGUCAUCCCUAGUCAGAGCUCACAAUCUUCUUCCACCGCAUCUUCAUCACGAGCGGCAUCUCCCUCGUUACCCUCAACAUCAUCAUCUUUGUUUUCAACUAUGUCACCGUCAUCUAAUUCAGCAUCUCAUCAUGCGCACCACCAUCAUAAUCUUUAUCAUCAUGGUCUUGGAUGUUCAUCACCUUCCUCGCCGUCGUCAUAUUUGGCAACUCCACCUCACCAUCACCACCAUCAUCACCAUCAUCAUCACCACCACCACCAUCACUAUCGCCCCACCCCAGGCCCCCCCUCCACGCCUGUUAGCCCUACAUCUUCCUCCUCCAGUGGUUCAAGUGCAAGCUCACCCUCAGGGUAUAGUUUUGAAGGUGACCUUCCCAUCAGAGGAUGCCCCCACAGGGGAGAAGAAUCUGAUCCUAGAGCAUCACUAGAUACAAAGGCAUUAGCUGAAGCAAGUCGUAAUUUGACCCAAACCCUAAAACAACUGUCAUCAGAGGUCCUCACUUCAAGGCCAGAGCAAAAAGAGGAAAAUCGGGCACCUCAGGAAGUCUCGGCUACUUCUCAGAGAGAAGGAAGUGGUAGCAGCAGCACUAGUAAUACUGGAGGCAGUGGUAGUGGAAGUAGUAGGAGCUCAAGCACUAGUAAUAGCAGUAGCAAAAAACAAGGUGCCAUUAUUGAGAGUAUGCAUCACCAUGGCAAAGGGGUCUACUCGGGCACUUUCUCAGGAACUCUCAACCCAGCACUCCAGGACCGGCAGGGACGGCCUAAACGGGAUAUUUCUACCAUUAUUCAUAUUUUGAAUGACCUUCUGUGUGCCACACCCCAGUAUCGUCGACAUUCAAGCACUACUAUUUCUGUAAGCACAUCCACCCCAACAAGCAGGAGUAAAAAUCAUUCAAGUGGCAAACGUCCAUCACCAUAUUUCAGUGGAGAUGCUUCAAGUAAUAUUCUUUCUCAAGAUGAUUCUAGGGCAUCUGAUAGUGAGAAAAAUUCUGUAAAUGGCACACAUUCCAAUGAACAAGAUUCUGGUGAUGAAAAUCAGGCAACGAGAACUAAAGUUGAACAGUUGAGAUUUAUAAUGGAACAGCGACGUGCAAGACGCAAGGCUCGUCGGGAUGCUCGUGCACAACCUUACCCCCAUGCAGCAGCAACUCCUUGGUCCACAAAUAAUACUGUUCCAACUCUUGUUACUACAACCAGUACUACUGCUAAAACUGCAUCUCAAACUAUGGAGGUUGAUAAUAGUAAUGCAGAUGGAACUGAUCAAGCCACUUUAUGUGAACUCAACUCUGAGACAGUGGUUGCUUAAUGGUGGCUUAACACUAGAGGAAUGAUACAAUGCAAGAAGCCUGUGAGGAAGAAGAGGAUUGUCAGUAUAGUGGGCUUUAAUUUGGAUUGGCAUUAGUACGUAACUUCCGCUCAGUUGCUAAUUUUCAAAAGAUAGAUGUGUUCUUUCAUUCAGCCAGUCUGUUUAAGCCUUUACAAGGGUUGCUCUGCUUGGACUGGUAUUGUAGUUAUGGAUGGUGUAUAGUCUGUGAUUUAGGGUUGAUUGUGUUGAUGUAAAAACAUGCAAUACAAAAGCAUUGUUUGAUGUGCUUCCAUAGUUGGAAAAUGGCAUGUAGGUCAAUCACUAUAUUGUACUGUGCACAAGUAAAACUGUUAUCAAGUGAGUGCUAAAACACAACGGAAUAGAAAGAGUAAACCCAAUUUGUCUUAUCGAGAUCAUUUAAAAGUAUGCUGGGUUUUCAGGAAGCCUAUACAGUAUUUGGCAACAACUAAUCAUGAUACAGACUAGAAACCCCCAAGGUUUUCUGUAGGUCAGUGAGGCCUAAGGAAGAUGUAUUGCACAGAGGCAGUGUUAAUUUUUAGGACAUAUCAAGUGGCUGUUUUGCCUCAUUUCAAGUGACUUUUAGGGGGUAAAGGAAGAAACAAGUUGCAAUGGAGGAUGUGAAGUCUUCACAAUGAUGUUGGCUUUUAACGUUUAUUUUAUAUAUAUUGAUCUUAGCAACACACACUUUCAGUGAUGAUUAUAUUUGUGAAAUGCCAUUGUUUUAUAUUCUUUCAUGUACAGUUUAAUUUAUUCUACUGCCUUAACAAAGUGGUUAAUGAUGAGUGGGCUACUGAAGCUUAAAGAAGAGGUAUAGUAUAUGAAGUUCAUUAAAAUUUCAUGCCGUUUUAGCUUGUAAACUUUAAUGUUUGUUCAUCUGAAGUUUCUGAAGUGUUAUUUGAAUUGAAGUUGUAAAGAAUUCAGAUCUUCUUUUGCCUCCAAAAUCCUUCAGAUACCUAGUAAUCUUGAAAUAAUAUAAUCACAAGAUAUUAAUGAAAUUUACAAAAUACUAUAUGAAAUCCAAAAAUCGUAAGGGAUACAAUUUUAGAUUUUAAUACAAGUUCUGUCUCCUUGCUAAUAAUAUAAUAAUGAUAGGAAUAACAGUAAUGAUGCAGCCUAGUUAUUCAUGUCGUGUUUGGCUUCAUUUAGGCUAUUCUAUGCAGUUUAUUUAAAGGGUUUGUGUGUAUAUUGCAGUUUCAUAUUAAAUCCUGAACCAGACUGAUUGAAUCUACCUCGACAGUAGUAAUUUGCACCAAGUUUAAUGAUGGCUUGCAAUUAAAUUUUCUUGUGAUUGUCACUGGUAGAGAAUGAUGUUCAAAAUAUCACCCCAUUUCCUAUAGCACCAUAGAAGCAGUUGCCAUAGGUAUGAAUAGAAUUUAAUGAAUGAAUAAACAUUUAUUUCGUUUUAAAAGAUUUGUAGGUCAAUACGUAGAUGUUUUAAUUGUGGGUGUACAACAUUUAACAUUUCCACAAUUAUUGGUUAUAUAUUUUGUUCCUUCAA